AUGGCAACGCAAACCGAGGUUUUGGUUCCUCUCUGGACUCCCCCAACAUUCUCGGCGGGUAAAGUGCCUCUGGUCACGCCAGCUCGAAGCGGAGGCCGGGAUAUCGAGGGCGACUUUCCGCUGGACCAAAUAUUUAAGCUAACCAUUGGGUUCUACUUUCGUUUAGAUCUCCCUCCAGGCACCGAAGUACUCUCCUGUGAGAGGUAUGGAGCGUCGGCCUGGACAGUCACUGCCAAAAUUACAGUUACUCUGGCAGAUGGAGAGCCCAAGCUGUACUUUCUAAAGUGUGCCGAAGAGGCCCAAGGAAAAGCUAUGUUAGAAGGAGAGUUCAAUUCUAUGGUUGAACUAUACAGAACCUGUCCCGACACUGUCCCAAAACCUUACGCAUGGGGGAGACUUGAUAUAUCGAACCCUGACACAUAUUACUUCUUGUGUGACUUCAUCGAGAUGAGUGAUAUAAGCCCUGAUCCUAUCCACCUCGCCACCAAACUCGUGCAAUUACACCAGGCGAGCAAAUCCCCCACUGGUAUGUUUGGCUUCCACAUCGAUACGUGCCAAGGUAAUCUUCCUCAGCGUACGGCGUGGAACCCAAGCUGGGUAGACUUUUACAUCCAGCUGGUCAGGGGCGCGAUGGCCCUCAAUAAGGAAAGAAAUGGCAACUGGAAGAACCUCGAGCAACUUGUCGAUCGACUCAUUACGCAUGUAGUCCCUCAAGUGCUUGGGCCAUUAGAAGCUGAUGGCCAGGUUGUGAAACCAACUUUGAUCCAUGGGGAUCUUUGGGAUGGGAAUGUUGGAACCAGCCUUGAGAACGGGGAGCUUUACUUCUUUGAUGCGAGCGUAUACUAUGCGCAUAAUGAGAUGGAAAUCGCCAUGUGGCGUGCACGGUUCUGCAAAACUUUGAGUGCCAAAGUCUACCUCAACUCGUACCUCAACCAGAUGGGCAUCAGUGAGCCCGUCGAGCAAUUUGACGACCGCAACCGCAUCUACAGUUGCUAUAUGACUCUGCAUGAAUCAGCUUGUCAUAAUGGCUCGAGUUUCAGGGAAGAGUGCUACGAGAAUCUGAAUUAUCUUGUCAACAAAUAUGCCCCAUUGCCCGAGGAAACUAUCUAA